GUUAUUGUGAGUUGUCAAAUUUGUGAGUAUUUAAAGCGCGGUUUGUUGUUCAUCUGGCAAAAUGAGAAAAACUGCUCCUCAGGAUUGUUUUUCCUGUAUUAACAGUGCGUUAUAGAAAGCCAAGUGCUUUCGUGGCAACGUCCGAUUGUUUGGAAGCAUUUUCGAGUGACAAUGGCAAGUGGAGAUGGCAGGAAAGUGGCCCUGAUCACUGGCAUCAAUGGGCAGGAUGGCUCCUAUUUGGCCGAAUUGCUGCUCAACAAAGGCUACGAAGUGCAUGGAAUCAUUCGAAGGGCCAGCACGUUCAACACAAGCCGCAUCGACCAUCUACACACUGAUCCCUAUGCACACAAAGGCGGAAAGCUCUAUCUGCACUAUGGCGACAUGACUGAUUCCAGUUGUCUGGUGAAAAUCAUCAGCGCAGUUAAGCCCACUGAAGUCUACAAUUUGGCUGCACAAAGCCACGUUAAGGUGUCCUUCGACCUGAGCGAAUACACCGCCGAAGUCGACGCUCUUGGCACCUUAAGGCUGCUGGAUGCGAUCCGAACAUGCGGGUUGGCCACCUACUCGAAGUUCUACCAAGCUUCCACCAGUGAGCUUUAUGGGGAUGUUAAGGAAAUCCCGCAAAGCGAGGAAACCCCAUUCAACCCCAGGUCCCCUUAUGCUUGUGCCAAACUGUAUGCAUAUUGGAUAGUGAUAAACUACCGUGACGCCUACAAUAUGUUUGCCUGCAACGGAAUCCUAUUCAACCACGAAAGCCCUCGCAGGGGCGAAACGUUCGUUACCAGAAAAGUAACCAGAGAAGUUUCGAAAAUUAAGCUGGGACUCAGUGAGGUGCUGGUGUUGGGCAACCUGAACUCGAAAAGAGAUUGGGGCCAUGCGAAAGACUACGUUGAGGCGAUGUGGUUGAUGCUUCAGCAAGAAAAGCCCGAUGAUUUUGUGAUUAGCACCGGAGAAACGCACAGUGUCAAGGAAUUUGUUGAGGAAGCCUUUAAGCAUAUUGACGAAGAGAUUGUGUGGGAAGGUGAGGGCAUUAACGAGGUGGGAAAGGAUAAGCAAAGUGGCGUGGUGAGAGUGCGUGUGGACGCAAAGUACUUCAGGCCGACCGAUGUGUGUUUCCUUCUGGGCGAUCCCACAAAAGCCAGAGCCAAAUUUGGUUGGGCUCCAAAAGUUUCCUUCUUGGAACUAGUGAAGGAAAUGAUGGAAGCGGACUUAGCACUCAUGAGAAGGAAUCCAAUGGCAUAAAUUGGGUUCUUUACUCAAGUCAAUCUACUAUUUAAAGUAUUUGGUUCAAUUGUUGGGUUCAUAUCGGAUGUAAACUGGACGGCAGAUGGAUUGAUAACACUGUAUAAAAGCUGCAAGUUCACACGCUAAAGCAGCGCUUGCAGGCGAAUCAUUUUUCAACAGUCGUCGCGUUUCUGGAUGUUUCUUGCUUUUUUCGACGUUCCUCUUUUGAGUGGUAAACGUUCCCAUUUUUCUGCUUUUAGCUGUAUGUUGUUGUUCGUUUCCUCUUUUCAAUCCAUUUUUCGUAGAUUUAAGUUGGAUGAUUGUUAAAAAAUCAAACACAUUUUCUGUGGAAUCUGUUUUAUUGACCAGAAAAUCCUUCCUUUUGGUAAUUGAACAUUCCAUUCGUUUACAGGUUGCUCCGUCUUAUUUACCCUACUCUUUUAUUUCUUUUAAUAUCGAUUUGUCGAAACCUUCCAUCAAAAAGCGAAUAUUUAUAGAUCAUCCUUAUUUCAGAAAUUUGAAAAUCGAAUCGUUGUUUAAGAGAAAAGUUAAAUUUACUCUCGUUGACGAUCACGCAUGAUUGAACUGCAUUUGUAAGUUUAUAGGAACAUUAUUCUAGCCCGGUAUGUGGUGUAUUGUAAAAUGUUUUGUAGCUAUUGCGGGGUUGGUGUAAUAUAGAAACUUUGAAUUUUUUGUAAAUACAUUCAACUAUUUUGUUUA